CUCUGCAUUAUCCAUUUCUACACCAGCCACCUGAUCAUUCGCGGGUGACAGCCCUGACGAUUUCUUCCUGCUUCGCGAUCCAAGUAUCUUCAUUCGUGAUUUUCGGUCAGUUUUGAUUCUCCCGCCAGCUUUAUCGAGAAGAAAUGAUGAAGAUCAUUCUCACAGGAUUAGUCGUCGCGACGAUUUUCAACGUUGCAUCUGCUCGUGAUUUGCCCGAGUUCCUUCAUGUUUGUAAGAGGAACGAUCCUAAUCUGAGCAACUGUAUCAAGAGCAGCGUGGAGAACUUCAGACCGUACUUAAUAAAUGGGCUUGCGGAUUACAAUAUACCUUCUUUGGAGCCUUUAUUGUUGAACGAGUUGGUGGCUGCUCCGGGAAACACUAUUAAACUGAAGUUGAGGAACGUUCGCGUCUACGGCGCCAGUAACUUCACCGUCUCCAGAUUGAAAGCCAAUUUGGACACGUUACGCUUCGUGGUCGAACUGAACUUCAAGAGCCUCUCCAUCGAAAGCGAUUACGACAUUGACGGAAAAGUGAUCCUGCUGCGUCUCAAAGGAUCAGGCCCGAUGACAGGAAACUUCACAGAUUGCAAAGGACUCGUCAAGCUGCGGGCGAAUGUGGAGCAGCGAAAGGAUGGGAAUAAUUACGUGAAAAUUGUAAACUUCGACACGAAGAUCUCGGUAGGUCAAGGACAUUUGACGCUGCAGAAUCUUUUCGGUGGCGAUCCUAUCCUCGGCGACGCUAUCAACGCGGCCAUCAACAGUAACUUCAACGACUUCAUCAAAGAAUUGCAACCGUCCCUCGAAAGCGCCAUAUCGAGCACAUUCCUCAAGCUCGCGAAUAGUAUUCUCGGACAAUUCACUUAUGAACUGCUUUUCCCGCUCGCGUAGGAAACCUCAAGAGCUUGGAUGAAUUCAAGUGUCAGUUGUUGGUUCAUCGAUGAUACUGCACCGAGAUUUGCGUGCGUUAUACACUGCUUAACGCUUUAACUACCGACCUAUUUAGAAACUGUCAACUUAGGAAAGGAUUUUUUACAUUAUCCAUA